AUGAAGACAAACAGAAAGGUGUCAUGUUUUUCUCUCAUGAUCAUAACUAUCUUUGUUGUAGGUUUGUUUAAUGGUGGUGAAGUUGAAGGAGGAAGAGGAAUACCAACGGCUAGCAACACCAAAGGUGCUAGUACUACCACUGUCAAAGAUGCUUACCAACCUCAGGACAAUAUCCAUGAACAAAUCAACCAUGAUAGUGGUGAGGCUGGUAAGGAAUUAAGUAAGCCAUUCAGUUCAUCCAUUAAUGAAUCUAGCAUGAGUCAGGCUGGAGGUUAUUUUUCUGGUGUCAAUGGUGGUUUGUAUUAUGAUUUUGGUGGAAAUGCUGGCGUUGGUGGAGGAUACGGUGGUGCAGAUGGAAGUACUGCUGGCAUUGGUGGUGCAGGUGGAAGUACUGGUAUUGGUGGAGCUUUUGGUGGUGCAGGUGGAAGUACUAGCGUUGGUGGAGGCUAUGGUGGUGCAGGUGGAAGUAGUACUGGUCUUGGUGGAGGCUAUGUUGGUGCAGGUGGAAGUACUGGCCUUGGUGGAGCCUAUGGUGGUGCAGGUGGAAGUGCUGGCAUUGGUGGAGGCUAUGGUGUUGAAAGUGGAGAUGGUGGUAGUGUCGGUUUCUUCGGCGGUAUCAGUGGUGACAGAGGUUACAUCGGCGGUGGUGAAGGAGUCCAACUUGGCGGCGGUUAUAACAUUGGCGGUGGUGAAGGAGUCCAAGCUGGCAGCGGCUACAACAUCGGCAGUGGUGGCAGUGGCUAUGGGGGUGGACAAAGUGGAGCUGUCAUUGGUGGCUCUCUUGCAGGAUCUGAAAAAGUCCCAGUUUCACCAUAA